AUGAGCAGCGCUGGCCGCGGCGAGGCUGCAGCGCCUCCACCUCCCCCGGCAUCGAGCUCCAACGAGGAGUUCGACGACGACGACAGCACCGACGACCUCCUCGACCCGAUCAGGGACGCGAACGCCCUGGCUGAAGCGGAGAAGGAAGCAGAGGAGGAGCGGGCGGCCCACGCGGCGUUCGACGCCGAGAUGGAACGCCGCAGGGAGGCGGCCGUCGCAGCCGCAGAGGACGACGACUCCAACAUAUCAUGGUCUUCCGAUGAUCCUGAUGCGCCUACCCUGGAGGAGAAGACGUCGGAGCAGAGGGCGUUAGUCGAGUCCUUCGAGACGCUCAAUGAUGACACCGCGAACGCGAUGUUGCGGCAAGUGCCUGCUAGAGGACGCAGCGGCUCACCGAGCCCUAGCGGCCGCACGGCAGGCGACAGAGAAGCAGACGAGGGAGAGACGCAACGACGGGGCCGGCCCUCAGGCAGCAAGUAG